GUGUAGAAAGAGACUCGAAUCCGGCCGCGAGGGUGAUCAAUAAGUGGAGGAGGAGGCCGUUUUGUCGACCAACGUAACGGUGACGCGACGUUAAAACCUGAGCUCUCCAUACGUGGCGAUGUCGUUUCGCGAAAAACGCGACCACCGUCUGUGAAAUCAUGUUUCGGUAAUUCCUGCUAAUUCCUGCUCGACGAGAUUCCGGAUUUCCUCCCUCAACGACAACAUGGUAUCCCUGGAAGACAGUUGGAAGGAGGCCACGGAAGGCCUGGACGAUGCGAUUUGCGACGCCUGGUUCACGCGUCUCCAGGAGGUUUACUCCGAGGAGAGACGCACAUACCACAAUCUGAACUCGCUAAGAGAGAAACUGAACCAUUACUACGAAAUUAAAGGGAAUCUCAAAAAUCCACGCGCCGUCCUGCUCGCUAUAUUCUUUCAAAAUUUUGAGUAUGAUCCCAAGGCUCUAGAUGGCGAGGACAAAAAUCUUGAACACUUCAAUACUUUCGCCGAUGAAGCUGAAAUUCCGCCGGAUGCAGAGCGCAGAGAAGAAACGUGCGCCCUCCUGAAAGUGGCAGCUACUCAUAGCACCGAGGCGCAUAAAGUAGGGGGUGCAUUCGGUGGCGAAGAUGCUCAUUACUUUCUGGACCUGGACAUGGCGGUACUCGGCUCCUCGCCGGACAGUUAUGCCGAGUACAGGGAGCGAAUACGGGGAGAGUAUUCCUUCCUCAGCGAACCCAUGUAUACGGCGCUGCGACUGAAGGUGUUGCAGAACUUCCUCCAGAUCCCGAAUAUCUUCGCCACCAUGGAGUUUCGCGACAAGCUGGAGGAUCAGGCGCGCCAGAACAUCCAGGCGGAGGUGGAGCUGUUGUCUUAGAAAUCUCCGUCGUUUCGCUUUUGUUUUUCCGAGGGAUUUCGAACCGCGAACGGUCAUCGACCUUCAGCAGCCUCGAAGAAGAUGCUCGCGGAAACCCUCUCGCUAGGAUUUGUCAGGACUCGCUUUCGUCAAACAAGACGAGAGGAAUUAGGAAUUAAAUGAAGGAGGAUAGAAAAGAAAGAAGAUAAUGAUUUCACGAUGACGAGAAGGAUUUCAAUGCCUACCUCACGGAGAAAAACACUUAACGCCGGUUUCGCAAACACGCAGGGCAAAUAUAUUAAAUAAGAAGGGUAUUAAAAUCGUAUCCUCUGUUUUUUUUCUUUUUUCUUCGAUAAUAUGUCGAGUUAAAAAUGAUUUAAUGCCCCCAUGUAGCAGACUAACGUCAAAAUGACGGCAGGCUGCUAUCUGGGGCAUCACUUUAUAAUUUUUCUUUUCUUAGUAACAAUAAAUUCAAUAAAUAUAAAU